AUGACGUUCGCUCUCAAGCAUUCAAGCUUGUUUGACAACUUGCUUGUCAAGUCUCUCUCUCUAAUAGCAUUAUUGCUUGAAAGAAGAUUACGUUGUGGAAUUUUAGAAAAUGGCAGGGAAGGUCACGUAGAAGAUGAAUUUCCUGAAGUUAAAGUAGACUUUCAGGAGACAUUUUUGGGCCACACAAGUCCAAUCAGCCGAUGCCGCUUUUCUGCAUCUGGGAACAAUAUAGCCAGUGCUUCUCUGGAUGGCACAGUAAGGAUAUGGACGUAUGACUCUUCAACUCCAGCAUCAAGAAAUGCAACAAUUUAUUGUGGGGCAGAGAUCAUGUCACUUGACUGGGAGUCUAAGUCUGACCGCUUGCUUCUCAUAGGCACUGCUGAUGGAGGCAUUAAAGCAUGGAAUGUUGAUGCAAAGAGGGUUGUCUGUGAUCUGAGCACAACUGAAGCAUUUCCGAGUGUCUUGGAUCUGAAGUGCAGCCCUGUAGAGCCAAUUUUUGUUUCUGCGGCAGCAUCCAGAGGGCACGGCUCAAGUUAUAUUGACAAAUUGGGGUUUGCUUCGUUAACCGUAUGGAACAUGAAAAUGUGGAAGGCUGUGACAGUCCUUCCACUUGGUAAAGAUCCACCUGCAAUUACUUCCCUAUGCUUCAAUCACAAUGGGAAGAUUUUAGCAGCUUCUGCAACCGAUGGAAUGAUUCACAUGUUUGACAUGGCUGCUGGUUUGCAAAUUACUGGGUGGCCUGCACAUGAUUCUGCUAUAAACUCUAUUCUUUUUGGGCCUGAUGAGACAAGCAUUUUUAGCUUGGGUUCAGAUGGAAAGAUUUUCGAAUGGAGCUUGCAAAAUCAAGGUCACGUCCUUUGGUCAAGAAACUGUAGUAGGUUUUGUGACCCUGAGAGCUCAAAAAUUUGCAGACAUGAAAUGGCUUUAGAUGCUAACGGGAGGAGACUAUUGGUGACAUCUGGUUUAGUAAGAGCACCCAUAUUUCAGAGUUACAAAAGUAGACUUGAAGCCAUGCCGGUCAUUUUGGUGGUCUGGAACAUCCCUGGCAGGAAAAUCCCUGCCUGUCAGGUUAAUGUAGAUACAGGUGGUGCUCCUGUUCUAAUCGUAGUUAUUGUUGUAUUGAGUCUUCAGGUUCGUGGUCAUAGAAAUGGGUUGAGAACUCUUCCACAGAGUGCUGCUAUAACAACUGUUGAUUGGCAUCCUACUUUGCCCAUUUUCGUGACUGGAUCAGCUGAUAACUCGGUUCGAGUAACGUCUAUUUUAUAA